GGCUGGGGACGGGGACGGGGACGGGCCCGGCCGCGGGCCGGCCGGAGAUGGUCAUCUGCUGCGCCGCCCUGCACUGCUCCAACCGGCAGGGCAAGACGCACCGCGGCGCCGUCUCCUUCCACAGGUUCCCCCUGAAAGACUCAAAACGCCUGAUCCAGUGGUUAAAAGCAGUUCAGAGGGACAACUGGACUCCUACCAAGUACUCUUUUCUCUGCAGUGAGCACUUCACCAAAGAUAGUUUUUCCAAACGGCUGGAGGAUCAGCACAGGUUACUCAAGCCUACAGCUGUGCCAACCAUCUUCCAGCUCACGGAGAAGAAAGGUGACAACCAGGGCUAUGUCAAAUGUAGAAGAAAAAUAGCAAUCCAGGUACCACUGAGCGAUGGAGAACAAACAAGGGAAGGAGGCUGUGAGGUAGUACAGAGAACCUUAUCUUCCAACCAAGACUUCAUGAUAAUGCAAGAGAUGGAGCAAGUGACUCUGCAAGCUGAAAUUGGGUCAGUGCCUGAGCAGGAAGAGACUAUUCAGGGCCAGUUGGAAGGGCCUCUGAGAAGGACGUUAGCUGAUAACUUAGUUUCAAAGACAGGAACCCAGAAAAAGCCAGAAAGACUGCCUGAAGAGGAGUGUCCUGAAGCCACCAUCCAUACCGGCAGUUGGAUAACAGAUAGAAGCGGUAUAUCGAUUGAUGACUUCACACCUCCAGUAUCUGGGGCUUGCAAAUUUAUUGGCUCCCUCCACUCUUACAGCUUUUCCUCUAAGCACACCAGGGAGAGACCAUCAUUCCCAAGGGAGCAACUUGAGAGGAAAAGGCCAAAGCGAGAUGUGGAGCCAAGCUGCAGCAGCAAUAUCAUGGGGCAUGAUAAGAACUUGGCAGAAAGUUCCCCUAAUUCAUCACUUACAGUGACCCCUCAGAAGCCAUCCCAAAGUCUGUCAGCAUCCCCUGCAGACCUUACCCCACAGCCGGCAACAGAGGCUGUGGUAGGUCAGAAAGGAGACACAGAUGCUAACCCCAUGUCAAUCAAUGAAGUCAUUAUGUCCGCCUCAGGAGCAUGCAAGCUCAUAGACUCCCUCCAUUCAUACUGUUUCUCCUCUAGGCAAAGCAAAAGUCAAGUGUGCUGCCUCCGUGAGCAGGUAGAGAAGAAAAAUGGAGAACUGAAGCUGCUGAGGCAGAGAAUCAGCCGCUCUGACAGUCAGGUCAGAAAGCUGAAAGAGAAGCUUGAUGAACUGAAGAGGAUCAGUUUCCCAUACUUGAAUAGUCUCCUCUCCCAGGACUGUGAGACCCCCCAACUGAAUCCUGUGAUUGAGCCCCUCUCGUGGAUGCUGGGCACCUGGCUUUCAGACCCCCCAGGAGAUGGCAUCUUCCCUACAAUGAAGCCAUUUCAGUACCUGGAAGAGGUGCACAUCUCCCAUGUUGGGCAGCCAAUGCUAAACUUCUCGUUCAAUGCCUUCCAUCCAGAUACCAGGAAGCCAAUGCAUCGUGAAUGUGGAUUCAUCCGCCUCAAACCUGACACUAACAAGGUGGCCUUCAUCAGUGCCCAGAAUACAGGUCUUGUGGAGGUGGAAGAAGGAGAGGUGAAUGGACAGGAGCUCUCUAUAGCUUCUCACUCUAUAGCCAGGAUCUCCUUCGCCAAGAAGCCCCAUGUGGAGCAGCACACCAACCUUCCCUACCCGGUGUCUGGAACAGCAUCAGAUCAUCAGCGAGAUGGAGAGAAAUUUUGAAGGAAAGAGUUCAGAUCAUCAAGGUAAGUUAAAGUAUAUUGAUGCUAAGUACUCUGCCUUCCCUACCAACAUUCAAUGUGAGUCUUAAAUUAGUGCUUCUUCUUCUGUUGCUAUUAUAGGGGAGUUAUGAAGCCAGAGCAAGCUAUAACUGUUCUGUUAUCAUGACAGGUAAUAGCAAUGAUGGAGGUUUACAAAUGGCUACAACACACAAGCUGUCCCUGCCUUGCUGAUUUCCGUAAAGGAAUCCUGUUGCAACAGAGAUAGAGGGCAAAUCCUAGGCUACUUCAUGCAAAGUGGGCUAGUUUGUGCCUCCAGCACAGGGCCACAGGGUGGGGUUUGUGGAGGCACACUGCCCUAGUAGGAGGCCCCAGCCUCAGGCAAGAGCCAUUAAAUCUGGGAUCGCUGGGGAGGGAUGGUAAGGAAACAGGUGACAGUAGUCCCUGCUCUGCCCAUUCCCAGAAUGCACCAUCCACUCCACUGUGCAUGAAACCACUUGCGGUGGUCAGCACGGGGUGCUGGGGGAGCAGUGGACUGCUCUUCAUGCUGGAGGCACAACUCAAGCUGAUACACUGCUGAGCAGAAGAGCUUGGUUUGUGUCUAGUUCUUGGUCAGAGCAGAGAAGCCUCCUUGUUCACUGCCCCUUGCACACCCACAAGGUCCAGGUGGUCUGGCCCCUUCCUCUUAGAUGAAAUUGAGCUGCUAACCUACAAAUGGAAUAAAAAAGAUGCAAUACACUGAUGACCUCCCAUCAAAUGGAAUUCAAGCCAGUCAUCAGCGUGCAGAGGAGCUGGAGACACAAGUGAAUGGAAAGCUAGUCCAGAAAAAAGAGGGAGAUAUCUAAACUUCUACCCAUGAAGGUACAAAGAAAGCCCCACUUCAAAGUAGGGUUGUUGGUUGUAGAUAUAACAUCUACCCAAAGAACUUUGCCUGCCACUUCAAAGGACACAGAAAGAUGUAAAAAGCUGCUUGGAAGGCGUUUAAAAUAAGCAGGAGACUGGAGGCCAGCUGUGGAGCUGGAGGUAUGUAAACACUGGCUAGCCAAGGGGAAAAUGAACUAGUGAGAAAGUUUUGAAAGUGUUCCUGCUGCAUCUCAGCUGCCUGCCACUGUGGAGAGCUCAAGCGGCCAUGUGUCGUGGGUCUGGUCAGUCUCAGAGCACACAUUGCACCAUGCUUGCCUCAGUUAUUUAAAUAACCCUCCCCAUUUUAACAUCAAAGCAGGCCUCCCAAUUCACAUCUAAAACCAGCAUGAUCACAGCAGCUGGGAGAUCACACAUGGAUACAACGCAGUCUCCUUUGGCAUCACCUGUUGUAAACAGAGGGAAAUCAAGACCCAGAAAUACACACACAAAGGCAACUUGGCUGAAUGCUCAGCUUCACAUGGCUUAAAUUUCAGGCAGCAGCAGGAAAACUUCACUCCCGCUAGAGGGAGGGAGCACUUACCCUGACAGCUGGGCAUUGGGCAAGUGCACUUUAAUCAUGCACAGCCCAUAAAACAAGGAGAGGGACAUUAUGGCUGUGACAACCCCACAGCCACACUGGUGCAAGAACCAGUGCUGAGCAACUUUCCCCACCCACUCACUCCCUGCCAAAAUCCUGGAAAUGAGGCAAUAUACCUGCCUUAAGGGAGAUGCUGAGGGUAUGCCCAGAGCUGCUGUUUGGUCCCCUGUCUCUGGCCUGUUCUAAGGCAGCUCUGUAGCCUCAUGUUCAUGACUGAAUGCACGCAGAGGUAGGGUUGGACAGGGCACACUUCACAGCGGUGCUCUAGCACACAGCACAGGUGCCAUGUACCCUUAAGCCUGGAUAUUCCCAGUUCCAAGAAAAGGAAUGCACAGGAAACCUCCUUACAAACCCAGAGCAAGUCCCCUUCAGAGAGGAACAUUCCUGCAUCCUUGUGUCUGGCAGCCCUUCCCACCACAUCACUUAGGGAAUUUCAAGGGCUUCAGUUAGAAAAAAAGAAGAAAAAACACAGGUCUCUGUUUUCCUUUGUGUUUUCCAUAGAACGAGCCCUUCCUUUCUGGAACAUGUUUGGUGUAAAAAUGUUGAAAGUAAACCAAGACUAGCACAGGCCCUGAUCCAAAGCCCAUUGAAGUCAGUGGAAAGUCUCCUGCGGUCUCCAAACAGGCCUGGAUCAAGCCCCAGAUCCAGAGCUGAAGAGCUUGUUGUUGCAGAGCUGCUUGGGGGCCACUGUUGUGCCAGAAUCUGUGCAGAGGGAGCAUCAGAGCCCUUGUGGUUUCUAUAGUAGGGGAACCUCAAGCUCCCAGCCAGAAUCAGGGCAACUGCCUAGUGCUGCAGCCCCUGCCCCUUACAGUGCAACAAAGCAAACACACACAUAAAGGGCACGAAGGAAGGGCUGGUGCGUCAGCAUGAGACGGUGGCAGGCAUGCAGCAGGUCAGCCCCGUGACACUAAUAUUUGCCUGUAUCGUGCAUUAUACACAAUUGGUUUCAGAGAGUGCUGCAUCUGGGGCUGAGGGAAAGAGGAGAAAGAGAAAAGGAAGAGAGAUACUGCCCAAGCAGGAAGACACAGGGCAGCUGGGCAGGUCUGUAGUCUCGGGGUCCAGAUGUUUUCUUAAAUAAGCCCAAUGCUUAGAUAUGGACUUGGCAACUGAGCCUUCAGUACCUGGCUGGAAAACACAAGCUAUGCUUCACAGAGCCGUCUCCCUUUGCUGACUCAAGACCUCUUUCCCCUAGAUUAAAAAAAUUAAAUGAAGGCUUGGCUGCCACAUCCUCAUCUCUCAGUUUUGCUGGAUUUAGCAUUACAUUCCUAGUCAUGGAACCAUGCUUGGGAUCCAGGAAUGUUAGAGUCAGCAGAUUUCCUCCACCCUCCACUUCCCCAGCAAGAGAAAAACUCAGUUAAAUGAUGAAAGACGACCGAUUAACCUCACCCAACAAAUGCAACUGCUUUUCCUGCUUUUAAGCUCUGCAGUUCAUGCACUUGAGGGCAGAGAGCAUCGAGGUAGCACCGUGCAGCUCCACCCAGAAAUUUAGCUGGGGCCACUAGACAAAGCCACUAGAUGUAAGAGUGACACCCAGUCACGGUAGACAACUUCCUUAUAUAGUCAUGGCUUGAUUGUGGUCAGUACCUGUCAGUAGCAGGGAACCACAGAGCGCACAGCAGUGUGUUGGGGGGGGCGGGGGAAGGUUGCUUGGCUGACAUGCCUUGUGGCUGUCCCUGACUUUUAUAACUGGGAACUCCAUUAUUGUAAGCCUCAAGGGUCAGAAGUCAGACCCCCACUAAAAGCCUUUGGGUACGUCUUAAAAAUCAAGAGCAUGUUAUUUUUUUUUUUAAUUAAUCAGUUUGGAGUUCUUUUCAUUUGCCUUUAGGUUCUGAGCCAUUGCGAUAUAGCUGGGGACAGGUUUGCAAGCUCUUCUCCACAACCAUGAGGGCUAGGAAUUUGUUUUAAAAAAGCCAUCCACAUUUCUCCCUGAGCCCUUUGAAUCUUGGAGCUUUAACAGCACCUGCUAUCCCUCAUCUUGUUAAACAGAAGCACAAAAGAAUUGGCAACACUGGGACAUUCAGAAGCACUGGGACAUUAUCCCCAGUAUCGCCUUUACAGCACAGUGGUGAGCACACACUCCUGUCAGCCAAGGGUGCACUCAUGCUUUUUUCUGAUUUAAUUUCUUGUGUUGGGGCUCCAGAGGAGGUGGAGGGAGAUGCUUGUUCCCUUGUAGCAAGCAGUGUUCACAUAAGGGCCUUGUUACAUGUUAAUUUGGGGCAGUUCCUGGAGCUCUUAACCCCUGGAUUGUCCACACCUUAACAACUUUAAGUGGCUUAAAGCACUCAUUGUGCAGCUCAAAGUUACGCCACUACAGGGCAGGACUAUCUCUGAUCCACACAACCCAACUCCUGUUCCAUUAAUCUGUGGCCACUCCCCACAUACGUGCCACUCAAGUUGAAGUCCUCCAGGAUCCCAGGAUGCAGUGGCCGCUCCCCUGCCAUCCUGUUCUCUGGACUCUCACACCACCAGCCGCUUAGUGGAGUGGCCCAGGGACUAGACCUGCAGCUUUUCUAUCCCCCAGCCUCCAGCCUCCCCACUCCAGGAACAGCGGGCUGGGGCACCUUUCCCCACCAGCACUGAGCUUGCCUGGGAUGGUGGUCACUGCUGGACCUCAGGUUCCCCACCCACCCAACCUCUGGGGAGCAAAAGAGAGCAUGGCCAGCCUCAGAGAGCCUCCAGACCUGUCCAGGCUCCAGCAAGCCCUGAGCUCCAGCCCUGCAGCUCCAGCAGUGCUCUGUCCCACACACCCGAUCUAUAUGCAGUGCAAUAAGAGCUGGUUGCAGCUUCUGCGUGGUUGGGGGCAGCCUGCUGCUAGGGAAGUCACUGCUCCAGAGCAGGGUGGCUGCGGAUGGAUCUGGGCUAUGGGCAUGUGACUCUGCUGCUGCUCAUGUGGACUCAGGAGCUGGCUGCAGAUGGACUCUGCUCCCAGCUGCAGAGUGAAGCCAACUUGGUGGGGAGCUGAAUGCACCAGGUGUCACAGCACCCAGCCCUGGGCCUGUGCCCACUGUCGCUGCCUCUACUGUUGCUGCCAGCUUCCCAGAACCACUGCCUGGGACUCCUCUAGCUUCAGAGCCUGGGGGUGUCUAUCCAUUUGCCCCAUGUGCUACUUGGCUGUCCCCACUGGGCCCAGGGACACCAAGGAGGGGUAGAGGGCAGGGUGGAUGUGAGGCAGAGCUGUGGGGUGGGAAUAGUCUGAAGGAUGCUUUUGGGCAGGAGAUGUGCCUGGACAUGUGUGACAGAGAGCCCAGAGCAUGUGGGUGCUGGCAGCUGGGUGGGCAGCAACCUGCCCAUGCAGCCCCCUGCCAAGUCCAUCAGCUUUGUUCUCAAAUGACCACACUGCCUCCCUCCCCUCCCCUCCCCUCCCCACAGUCUAGAACGCUGCUGCUGUGGGCCAGCGAGGGACAUAGAGAAGUAGGGCUGGAAGGGACCUCCCUGCUCACCACUCCUCCAGUGUCAAAUCACAGCUGUACAGGUGGAGGACAAUCAGAGAAGGUUUCUAGGCUGCUAGGUGUGACUGCUCCAAACUCCAAGCUAGCACUAACACCGCCGAUCAACAUUUGUUUGGCUCAAAGUACAUGUAACAAGGCCCUAAAUAAAAUGCCAGCUUCCACUGCAAAUGCUCGAGCCUGCAUUCUGUAUCCCUCUCAGCAAGGGAAGCUCAGCUCAAACACGAAACAGGCACAUGAGUGCUGCCCAAGUGAAUUCAUACUGAAAUUCAUACCAAUAACUCAUACUGAUAUUCAGCCCGAGUAAUUAGAGCCCAGUCAUCUUUCCAGCCCAGAUGUUCUGCACAUCACAGGGAUGUCUCCCUCCAUUGUGGGCACCUCUAGUAUUCCCAGGUUUCCAGUGCUAUCCUUGCAGUCCACUUCAUCUAUUUUAUAAGUAGCUCUGAUUUCCUUGAGCAGUGGUAACCUACACAAGGGCUCGGCAGCUCUUUUGGUUCAGCUCAAAGCAGUCUCUGGCAAACAGACCUCCUUUCUUGUCCAGUGCUGAACAUUCUGUGGUGGGAAUCUGUGUUCAGCUUCAUCGCAUGCUUCAGGUCUCAAGUCCAGACAUGCAUUAGUGGAGGCAAAGGCAAACAUCUGGAAUAAUGCAAGGAAGGAAUCCUAGAAAACCCUGGGCUCUGUGUCUCCUCCUGAGCAUCCCCAUAGCACCCACAGCUGAAGACAAAGUGCAACAGAGGUCAGGGAAAAUAGCAAUCUGUUCCACCUUGCAUGCAAAAGCCUCUUCUGUAUAACCUUUCUGAGCAGCUCCAUUGAGAGUUAGUUGCAUGUCAGGCCUGCUUUAGCUCCAGACCCUCCUGCCAGCAACAUUUCCAGCUUCUUAUGUCUUUUGCCCGUUUUAUCUGCAGUGCAACAAGGCAUUCCAAAAUGCCUAACAAGUACUGUCAAGGCUUUUGCACCCUUUGACUGCCUGGAAAGAGAGUAGACAGGAAGCCUUGUUGAUUUUUUCCUCAGCAUCAGACAGUGUUUACUACCACAGAAAGAGGAAUUGGUUCAAGAGAGUAUACUUUCACAAGGGACCAAGGCUCUCUUGAAGAAAUCUAGUAUGAACUAUAGCUGCAUUUCUGUCACUAUACUGAGACUCACCACCCUAUCCAGAAUAAAAGGAUUGAUCACCUCUGGCCAGCCAGAAGGCUCCAGACACCAAUGCAUUUGGCCACUGUUGUCCCCCUGCUUUACCUGUGGCAAGUUAUGGUGUUAUGCCUUGCAGCUGAGUCAGUUUUACUAAGAGGUUAGAUAAUGGAUCUGUGUAGGAUGUGUUGGAUAGGAGCGAUCCUGUCUCGGGGUGGGGGUUGGGGCUGGACUAGAUGACCUCUGGAGGUGACUUCCAGCCCUGCUUUUCUACAAUUCUGUGAUUCUUAAUGAACCUUCUAGUGCAACAGACCUCUGGAGUAAGUGAGGCUCUUGUCUGGUGGAACAGUUCAGGCUGCUAAGAAAAUCAGGGGAGGCUGGAAGGGAGGAGGUUCCCCUGCAGUGAGGCAAUAUUGGCUACAGCUGGGAGAAGGGAAUCCAGGAGGAGCUCCCCUGUGAUGAGCUAUGUCUGGCUCCUAAUGUCCGGAGAAUGGGCUGGAAUGAGGGAGACUCCCACAGAAUAAAGAUGCUGCAGCUGCCAGUGGUUAGCCUGGAAUGAGAGCAACUCCUUGCAUGAUGAGGCAAUGCAGGCUGGGAACAGAGACAGAGGGAAGAUGCCUUGUGGAAUGUGUGAGAUCCCUCCAAGACGAUGGGGCACUUCCCUGCCAAUGGGAUGCAAUAUAAAGGCAGUGUGCAGGAGUUCCUUUUAAAUCAUUAGUGCAGCACAAGCUGCCAAGCUGCCUGGAGCUGGGCUCCUGUUACACAGGCCCCACUCUCAAGUGAUUGCUGAAACAUGUCUUCCCUUGUCCUGCUCCUCCCUCCACCCUGAGCAUGCAUCUGCUUGGCACAGUACCUGCUGUGAAGAUCUGAGCAGCCACCGCCAGGAAAGCAUCAGUCACCACAGUCUCUGAAUGCAGCGAGAUGUUCAGCUGACGGGCGAUAUUGCGGUAAAGGUUUGGUCGGAUGUGUUCCAGCUCAUCCCCUAGAAAGGGAUCAGGAGUCAAGACAGAGAAAGCACUGUCUUUCUUGUCCCCUCAAGGGCCAUCAAAAGAGCCCUUUGAAAAGGGACUAUAAGUUCUAGUCUAUACCCCAACCUUGUUCUGGCAGCAGACAGCAGCUGUCACCCCUAGCCCCCUACCCCCUCCCCUCAAAGCACAUGUAUAUUCUCACAGUUCUGCAGCUGGAGAACAAAGUGCACCCUGGGAAGAUGCUACCUGCAGAAGGGACCACAGCAACCAGCAGAAGGUGAAGAAGCAUUGAUACAUGCUUUAUGCCAGCUGCUGGCUGGUGACAGAAGCCAUACCCCACUCAGCAAGGAGGGGUAACUGCUGGCAGAAGGGAGGGCUUUGCAGCCACAGAGGUGCUUUGGUAGUGCACAUACUCAAGAGUUUUUCUGUCGGAACUGGAGUUGUGCCAGCAAACCCUUGCAGCACCAAUGAAGCUGAAGGCUUGGCUAACCCAGCCACAGUCCUCAGGGGACAGCUAUUUUUGUCCCUCAUUCUACAAGCCAGAGAAGAAUGGAAGCACCAGGAGAGAAGCAAGCCCUGCCCUAAUGCUUGAGGUCAAUGGAGGGUACAGGGGAAGGCUGUAUAAGUACAGACUCAAGUAUCUGCCACAUUUCUGGUGCCACUUGGCCAGUGCAAGGGUUAGGGCAGCUCCUAUGUGCAGUCAGGAAUGCCUCAGCUAUACCUCUCCUGCCCUUAAUGGUCCCAACCCACCUCAAACACUGCAUGUUCCCCCACAGAGCCCUGGGUGCAAUGUCAGCCAAAGCAGGAAUGCACUUAGUGGAGCGGCCCCCUGUGCUGGUGGCUUUCAUCAGGCUUAAAUCUGCUUCACAGCUCUUUUCCAGAGGGGCCACUGAGCAAUGGUGAACUGGGCUCUGGAGUGGCAUUUCCCACGACCGCAGAGGGGGGCCAUGUCAGGGCUUGGACUUGAUCUCUGGAGCUACCAAACCCUCUGCUCACACCACUAACCCCCAGCUACACUCCCCAGCCUAGCUAACCUGACCAAGGACUGCACUUACAUGACUAAGUACAGUCCUUGGACCAACCGGUUAGCCAGGCUGAGAAGACAUUCUGGGAGAUGCUCAGCGAAAUAAGAUUCUGAUUUCCAUAAAGCAAGGUGAGAUGUUUCCUUUUAUCUUAGCUCACACAGCCCACACCCCUUUUCAGCACCCCAUGCAGCUUCUACCAAACAAAAAAGCCUUAGCAGGAAAUGGACUCAAUGGCGUUCGAUUCUGAUGAAAGCCAAGAAUCUGCCUGGAGCUAAGAAACAUUAAUUAACCAAGUAAAAAGACUGUCAAAUUCAGCUCCCUUAUGGUAAUAUGGGCACAGAGCAAGGUCUGGAGCACUCUGCGUUCUUCAGACAGCUACAUGGUUUCCUCAUCUGCCUACCUAGCUCUUAAGCAAGGAGUCUUCCGAAUGUGCUGAAACAUGAGCUUGAGGCUCCGGGCAGGUCUCUCACCCAGCUUGGUGGCGUUCCCAGGCACAUGUCAGCACAAUGACCAAGGUGAAGACAAUGCCAGGACAAAAGUUCCUCUUACUAGGCUAAAGCAGUGGGCUUAGAUACCGGCAUCAUGGCUCUACCUUCAGUAUGAGAAACAACUAAGUGUGUUGUGGGACUCUCGCUCAACAUAAAUUGUCUCCACCAUGUGACCAACCUGGUUUCAGGCUUGGGAGCUGCAUGGGAGCUACUGUACUCAGCUUCCCACAUUGCUCAAACAUCUUUUGUAGUGGGUGUGGCGGGAAGAGCUGCUAGAGCACAUUCAAGUCCUGUCUACACUGCAGGGCAGAACUGCAAUACAAAUGUGCCUUGGGGAUAGAAUACCAGGAACAGAUCCUCCUCAAAACUGGCUUUAUGGUUAGAAUGGGACCUAAGAGGCAGGGUUUCACCCAGUCAAACUAAAGGCUCAUGUCAUGAAAGGGUUAUUAGCUACUAAAUCUUAGCCUAUGCCUACAGCCACUGACAGUUUUAAGAUCCUGAAGCAGGCAAACAGCAGCUUCACAGAAUUCAAUAAAUAAAGCAUCCCGACCCCUCAAAGGAUUUAAUUGUUCCAUGCAAUCUGAUUAAAAGAGGAAACCUUGCAAAUGCAUGGCUGAAACUGAUAAGAGGGAACUGGUACAUACAAUAUUGACAGCUGUUCUCCUAUCACAAAGAAUACACAAGCUUAUCCACACACACAAGUAACGGCUUCCCCUUGGGCAAACUGAAAGUCAUGGAUGGGGUGGGGGAAAGGGGGUGAGAUAAGCAUUUGGCACAGCACUGUUAUUAUUACACAUUAAUUUUAUUACAGCAGGGCCUUACAAGUCCUAAAUGAGAUCAGGGCCCACUGCGCGAAGGGUAGUACCCAUGUCAUAAGGCAUUGCCUACCAUGAAGACCUAAGUAAAGAAGACAGGCAAAGGAAAUGGGGGCAUGGAGAGAUGAAGUACCUCAGCCCAGUAGGCCAGUGGUAGAGUUGGAGACAGAAUCAAGGCCUUCUGCCACCCAGUGCAAUUCCCUACCCAGUAGGCAAUCCUGCCUCUCCAACAGGGCAGUAUUCUGUGGCAGGAUUCUCUCCCCAUGCUCAGCUGCAAUUACGGACUUCGCAAGCUUGAGCAGCGAGAUAAAUUUUGGUGUUUCUCCUCCUUCCCUUACCAGAAAUUGUGAAAGAACCAGUACAGCAGCUUUGCAAGUUUAUUUACGCAGCCCCAACUGAAAGCUGGAAAGGCCACUUCCCAGGCUGUAGCUACAUUCAGAGACCUCCUCAAUGAGAUUCCAAUUUUAAAGUACUGCAAGGCAGCCUGGAUACUCUAGGACAGGAAAUAAUCAUACCAACUGCAAUGAGUGAGCCGGACUUACCCUGUUUCAACUAGUGCAUAGUCACUUUUGUCUCUCUAUCCCAUCAAAAGUAAAAGUGCAAUAAUUUAUGACCUGGUUCAUUAAGGAAGUGACUCUCAACUGAGGUGCUGUGAGACCCUUCUCAGAGGUGCUACAGCACCCAGACCCCUGUUUGAGGAGGUAAGCUCUUCCCCCUGCCUGCCCUGGGAUCCCACAGACAAGGGGCACCCAUAGCUUUCCACUUCCACCCUCCAGCAGCCCCUGCACUGGUUGCUUUGAGCAGCAUGCUCUGCCACAAGUGGAUGCAGAUCUGCCCCCAGCUUUUUGCAUGCUCCCCGGGUUGGUGGGAGGGGCUGUGCAGGCAGGUGACACUGGAUCCUGAAGUAUGAAUUCCCACAGGAGCAACCACGGCAGCAGGAGCUGCACUUGCCCCCUCAGGUACAGACUGG